UUUGUUCCAUCUCUAUUAGAUAUUUUGGUUUGUUUUGAUUCUGGAAAUGACAUGGACCACGCGACGAAUGAUCUAAGGGAGUUUAUAACGGACCUGGUGAUUCCGCACCAUCGCUGCAACGUGAGCAUCAAUCCGGACCAUAUCACCAUGCUGGAGGGCACAAAGAUUAAAAAGCAGCAUUCCCGCAAGCGCCGGGCACACAAAUCCGGAGUCUUGAGUCGCAGGGAAUACGCAAAACUUGGACUAAACACACUUCCGACCAAGCAGAUGAAAUACGAGGAGGCACUGCCACUCCAUAAUCUCUGGAAGGGAUAUGUUCGGGAGCACUUGGAACUAAGGGAAGGAUCCGAGGUGCCACAAGUCCACGAUCCUCGCUACGAUGAAUUCAGCAGGCAGUUGGUGAAACUGGAUCUGCACGGCGCGAAACUAAAAGUGAUCCAAUCCAAAUGCCGCACCUUGGAGAAUCUAUCGGGGAUCUGUGUCAUGGACACCAAGAACGUGCUGAAACUCCUCGGUACGGAUCAUCGACUGCGGACAAUCCCCAAGAGCGAGUGCGUCUUCGGCUUAAAAGUGGGCAACAUGGAGUUUACCAUCUUCGGUCAGCAUCUGAACAUUCGACCUGCCGAGCGAAGCGUCAAGAAGAUCAAGAACUUUGUGGAACCCUUUAUGUAGGGGCUUUCCUUUCUCGUUUUAGCCUAAGAAAUGGAAUCCUAUGUUUACUUUUAUAAUAAACAAAUAGAACAUGUAUCUUUUGGAAAAAAA